AUGGCUCGAGUUGUUCGUAAUAGCAAAUUUCGUCAUGUCUUUGGUCAAGCAGCUAAAAAACAAGAUUGUUAUGAAAAUAUUCGUAUAACAAAAAGUGCAUGGGAUUCAACGUUUUGUUCAGUUAAUCCUAAAUUUCUUGCUAUUAUAACUGAAUCAGCUGGUGGUGGUGCAUUUCUUGUUGUACCAUUAGAUAAAAUCGGACGUAUUGAUCGUGAUGUACCAUUAGUUACAGGACAUAAAGCAGCCGUACUUGAUAUAGCUUGGUGUCCACAUAAUGAUAAUGUUAUUGCGAGUGGUUCAGAAGAUUGUACAGUUAAGAUUUGGCAAAUACCUGAUGGUGGUUUAACAUCAAAUAAUUUAACACAACCAGCUGUCGAUCUUGUUGCACAUCAACGACGUGUUGGGCAAGUGGUUUGGCAUCCAAGUGCACUUAAUAUUUUACUUAGUGCUGGUGGUGACAUGAAAAUUUAUAUAUGGAAUGUUGGUAAAUCAAUGAUUUUAACAACAAUUGAUUGUCAUCCAGAAGUUAUUUUAAGUGUUUCAUGGAAUCAUAAUGGUUCACGUAUUGUUACAUCGUGUAAAGAUAAAGUAUUUCGUAUUAUUAAUCCACAUACUGGUCAUGUUAUUAAGUCCGGAAUGGGCCAUCAAGGAGCUAAACCUGCAAGAGCUAUUUAUUUACGUGAUGGUCGUAUAUUUUCUACCGGAUUUUCGAGAAUGUCAGAAAGACAAUAUGCUCUUUGGGAUGAGGAUCAUUUGGGUAAUGCUUUAACAAUGGAAGAACUUGAUUCAUCGAAUGGUAUUCUAUUUCCGUUUUAUGAUGAAGAUACUAGUUUAAUCUUUCUAUGUGGAAAAGGUGAUUCAACUAUUCGAUAUUUUGAAUAUACACCAGAAGCACCUUAUAUACAUUAUAUUAAUACAUAUUCAUCAUCGGAUCCUCAACGUGGUAUGGGUGUUAUGCCGAAACGUGGAAUGAAUAUUGCAACAUGUGAAAUAGCUCGGUUUUAUAAAUUGCUCAAUAGUGGUCUUUGUGAAGUCAUUACUUUCACUGUACCACGAAAAUCUGAACUUUUUCAAGAAGAUCUUUAUCCUGAUACAGCAGCUGAAGAACAUGCUAUAACAGCUGAUGAAUGGAUUGAGGGUAAAGAUGCUAAUCCUCGUUUAGUAUCUAUUCGUGAUCUUCAUUCGGGUACAAAAUCUCAAUCAAGUGCAAGUGGUGGCGGAUUAAGUCUUGGUCAUGGAACACAACAAAAACAAGAAAUUGUUUUUGGUAAAUCAACAAGUCAAAAACCUUCACCAACAUCACCACAUAGUGUAACACAGCAAACAAAUGCUAAUAAUGGUGGUGCUACUGUUCAACAGGGACAGCAUGUCGAUAAUGAAUUUCUUGAUAAACUUGUCGAAGAAAUGCGUCGAGUGAAAAUAAUUGUUAAAGGACAUGAACGACGUAUUAAAACGUUAGAAGAACGUUUAUCACAAUAUGAAGCACCAGCUGACGAUCUUGAUGAUUAA